AUGUACACCCUUAAAGAGGUCGCCCAGCACAACUCCCGGCAGUCCUGCUGGGUCAUCAUCAACAGCCAGGUCUACGAUGUCACCAGCUUCAUCGAUGAACAUCCAGGAGGCCCCGCUGCCAUCCUGCAAUACGCGGGGAAGAACGCAACGGCUGUUUUCAACGCUACGCAUCCGGAGGGGACGUUGGAGGAGCUUCCAAAGAAGAGCAACCUCGGCCCCGUCAAAUUCGUCCCGGGCGACCGGCAGCCAAACGCCAAAACUACUCCCAGUACCUCGGCCAAAGAACCGAACGCAACCCCCCAUCUCCACACCAUCCAAAACCUCACGGACUUCGAAGCAGUCGCAAAGGAUACCCUGGCGCCCAACGCCUGGGCAUAUUACAGCUCCGCCGCGGACUCCCUGCACUCCCUGCACAGGAACCUAGCCGACUGGAGCAAGCUAACGCUCCGCCCACGGGUCCUGCGGAAUGUCUCUCGAGUCUCACUGCGUCGAAACAUCAUGGGCCACGCCAGCAGCAUCCCAGUCUUCAUUGCACCGACGGCGCGCGCAAAACUCGGGCAUCGCGACGGCGAACUCUGCUUAGCGCGCGCGGCAGCGCGCCAUAACAUCGUCUACGCGGCCUCCAGCUACUCAUCCAUCAGCCACGCCGCGAUCGCGGAGGAGAUACGACGGGAACGGGUCGUGAAUCCUGGCGCGCGGGUUGGACAGGGCGCGCUGGCGUUCCAGCUUUAUCUCCCGCAUGACAAGGAGGCGGGGCGGGGGGUCAUCGGCACGGCGAGGAGCCUUGGGUACGCGGCGCUCGUGGUGACAGUGGACACGCCUGUCCUUGGGAAGCGCGAGGCGGACGAGCGGUUCAAGGCUGAGCUGGAGGUUGAGAUUUAUGGAGGGCAGCUGGAGGGAGAGGGAGAGGGAGGGGUGCGCCGGCUGGCUGAGCCUGGUGGCGACGAGCCCGUCCUGCGCGGGUACCAUUCGUCUGCGCUGGAGUGGGACGAUAUACCCUGGAUACGGGAGGCUUGGGGGCCAGGCCCGUUGAUCAUGAAGGGCAUUCAGACGGCGGAGGAUGCGCUGAGGGCGGCUGAUGCCGGGGUUGAUGCGAUCUACCUCAGUAACCACGGCGGCCGGCAGCUGGACUAUGCGCCCAGCUCGAUAUCGACGCUCUUGGAGAUCAAUAUCUUCUGUCCGGAGGUGCUGGGCAAGGUCGAGGUAUACCUUGAUGGCGGCGUUCGGCGCGGCACGGACGUCAUCAAGGCGCUGUGUCUUGGAGCAACGGGCGUAGGCCUUGGUCGGCCGUUCUUGUAUGCGCUCAGUGGGUACGGGACUGAGGGGGUGGAUAAGGCGUUGCAGAUACUAAGCGAUGAGAUCGAGACGAGCAUGCGUCUUAUGGGGGUUGUUGACUUGUCCGAGUUGGACAAUUCAUUUGUCAAUACGGCCGAGCUGGAGAGGGAUUUGGUGUCUGCCAGGAGUUUGCAAGCUUCGCUGAGGACGCACCAUAAGCUGUAG